AUGAAGAGCUGCACCGAGCCUGACAAUUUUCCCAGGGCCGGUCAUGAUGGCAAGUUGGCAGCUCUCGCCCAUGGCCCCGCCUCGCUCGAACCACGAUUGCCGGGACGCUUAUCCUGCUCCAAGUCAUGCCCGGCAUUAGGACGCCACACGCAGACUACUCGGCCUUGGCUGUUCCACCGUCUUGAGGCUCGUGCCUCGGCGCCCACAUCCUUGACCGCGACGGCAAACCCAGUGCGGACCACCGCCCCGAGCGCCCACGCUGGCUACCUCCUUGCCUCCGACAGAUGCAACCAGUCCUCACGGCGGUCGUCCGGUCGCCUCGAGGCCACAGAUAGCCACGCGCCUGGCGAGCCGAUCUCACGCGAACUUUGA